GCUAGCUCAAAUCAAACUAAACCAAUAUGUUCAAGCUGUCCGCCCUCGUUGUCCUGUGCGCCCUGGUGGCCUCCUCUGUGGCUGAGCCUAAGCCCGCCAUCCUCGCUGCCGCUCCAGUGGUUGCAGCUGCCCCUGCAGGAGUCGUCACCGCCACCAGUUCGCAGUACGUCGCACGCAACUUCAACGGCGUUGCUGCUGCUCCAGUUGUUGCUGCUGCUUACACCGCUCCAGUUGCCGCCGCAUAUACCGCUCCUGUUGCUGCCGCUUAUACCGCUCCUGUUGCUGCCGCUUAUACCGCUCCGGUUGCCGCUGCCUACACCGCUCCAGUGGCCGCUGCCUACUCGGCUUAUCCCUAUGCCGCCUACCCAUACGCCGCUGGCUACACCACUGUUGUGUAAAAAGGAUUAACAACGACUCAAAAUGGAUUUGAAAUUGACUAAAAAUAGCCCUGACUGGAAAUAAAACCUAUUCAAACUAAA